AUGACUCUGACGCAGGGGAUCUAUCGGAGGUGGAAAGUGACAGCGACCUUUUCUUUGUGCAAGAAAACACUUCGUCCUCAUCAGAGAGUGAUUCAGAGUCCAUACCGAGGAAAAAGAGGCGGCUACUUUCAGGUUCCAGGCCUUCCCGAACCAGUACCUGCUCUUGAGCCAACUGGAGUGCUCAGCCCGCCCUUGGAGUCAUCUCGGCCGGAGGCCGCUGUGGAAAAGGGGAAGGAUGGGACGGUGUGGACGGUCCUUCAGUCAACUGAACGUCCAGGGAGAAGGCAGAGCCAAAAUGUCCUGACUGAAGCUGCUGGCCCCACAGCGCACGCGAAGCGCAACAUCGGAGAUGCUGCCUUCUUGUGUGUGUUUGAUGAUGGCAUGCUGAAACACAUCAGGGACUGCACUGUGGCUGAGGCACAUCAGCACCGUGGUGACAGCUCAUGGGACCUGACAGUGGCUGAACUGAAGGCCUUCAUAGCGCUGCUAUAUAUCCGUGGAGCACAGGGAGCAAAAAACAUGGAGUUGGGCAGUCUUUGGUCGGAAAAAUGGGGCUUCCCGUUUUUCAAGGAAACCAUGUCCAGAAAUCGCUUCAGGGAGAUAAUGAAAUUCCUGCGGUUCGACAAAAAAGAGACCCGACGUGGGCGUCUGCAGGAUGACAAAUUUGCCCUGGUAUCGGCCACUUGGAAUAAGUUUGUUCAGAACAGCAUAGCCUGCUACAAGCCCGGUGCCAACAUAACCAUUGAUGAGCAGCUGUUCCCCACCAAGGCCCGGUGCAGAUUUAUCCAGUACAUGGGAAAUAAGCCUGAUAAAUUUGGAAUAAAAUUUUGGCUGGCUGCGGAUGUCAACUCAAAAUAUAUGCUGAACGGGGCUCCAUAUCUGGGAAAAGAGGAGACGCGGAGCAGAGGUCAGCUCGUGGGAGAGAGUGUGGUGCUGAGACUGGCGGAGCCAUUCCUGGGGAAGGGAAGAAAUAUUACUACAGAUAAUUUCUUCACUUCUCUCAAACUGGCCACCGCCUUACAGGCCAAGAAGACCAGCCUGGUUGGCACCCUGGGGAAAACGAAGCGUGAGUUGCCCCCCUCCGCAAAAGAGCAAGCGCAGCUGUUCAGCACAAAGGUGCUAAAAUGUGCAGAUGCGACGCUCACCAUCUACCAGGGAAAGCCGAGGAAGAAUGUGUGCAUUCUGAGCUCCGUGCACACAAGCGUGGGCAUUACCGAUGGGCCGAAGGCAAAGCCGGAGUCGGUAACAUACUAUAAUAACACCAAAUAUAGCGUGGACGUCUUGGAUCAGAUGGCAAGGGCGUACUCUGUGAAAGGCGGUACGCGUAGAUGGCCAGUGGCUGUCUUCUAUAACAUCCUCGACCUGGCUGGAAUCAAUGCCCACAUCCUCUUCAAGGAGUGCACCAGCAGCAAGAUAGCCCGGAGGAAGUUCAUGCAGCAACUGGCAGAGGAGCUGAGAGCGGAGUUCAUGGAGGGAAAGGGGGCAGCAUGGCAGUUGGCACAAGGUCCCAGUCAGCAGCAGAAGCAACCACCACAGCAGACACCAAAACGGAGGCAGUGCCAGGUUCGGAGAAGCUGCAAACAAAAUAAAACACACGACACCUGCUGCAAAUGCCGCAAACCUGUGUGUGGAAAUUGUGCACGGAGAACAGAGGUCACUUGCGUUGACUGUGAAGCUUAAAUAGCCAAGCAUGCUAUUGAUGUAAUUA